AUGCCAGAUGUUCCAUUAGCCGACCUCAGGCGGUCCAGCAGGUCUGUCUUUUGGCUCGCUUCCUUCGUCAGAUGGGUGACACCCUUGUCUAUAGGAUGUGUCGUUGCUGGCAGGUUGGCCUACGCCGAUCCCACCUUGAAAGUCAUGCUCAUCGAAGGAGGAGCCAACAACCGAGAUGAUCCUUGGGUAUACAGACUAAGCUACGGUUCACCAGACCAGGAAUCUUCGUCAAGAAUAUGCAGCGGGACGGGAUGCAAGUUACAAUCGCCCUCGUAA